AUGCGAGUAUCACGACCUUCCUUCAACCCCGGACGAACGAAAAACCUCCUUCAUGGGGUACAAGGGUUCAUCAUCUUUCUCGCAUGGGCUUUGACCAUUGCUGUUUUCACAAAGGGUGAUGGGAUCGAUGGGCGGUCAGCCUGGUACUGGGCCUUGUGUUGGCUCAGUAUCCCAGGUUUGAUUUACCUCGUCGCAGUGCCGAUGUGGCCCCGCGCUCGACGAUUCGGAAACGUCUAUGCUUUCGCUACGGUCGACUGUUUGUACGCCGUUCUGUGGUUCUCUGCGUGGAUUUGCGUCGCAAGUUAUGUCGCGCAGGGAAAGGCCGAGGGCAAGAGCACCAGUGACAGCGAUAAGAAUAAAGAUGACAAGAAGAGUGGCUGCGACGCCUGGAAGUACGGAAGCGCCAGCAAAUGCAAGAUUAGUACGGCAACUGUGAUUCUGGGAGUGGUGAUCUUCCUUCUGUUUGUUGCGACCGCUUGGAUGUCCUUCCGCAAUGUCAUGCAUUUUCGCCGAACUGGUACCCUUCCCGAUGCUGUUUCCGAUCCUACAUUCGCUGCACAGAGCAAGGCGGCUUUCUCCUCGAACCCUGCGCAUGACUUUGAAGAAGAGGAGGAUGAUUUCCGCUCUGGACGUGCUGGAAUGGGCGCUUCUGUUCGUAACGACCAGGACGAGGAUUAUGCCCUGCUGCAUCAAAGCGAGGUAGACGACCUCGGAAAUGGCAACGGACGAACUGCCAUGCAUGGUGCCUAUGAUCCCACUGCUACUACCGGAUCAGGGAGUGUGCUUCAUGACUACACCACCAGUUACGGCGGCGCGCACGGGCAACACUAUGCACAACCGUCUGAAUACGGUUCUACCCUGAGUGGCUAUGGUCGUUAA